AUGCCUACGGCAUGGCUUGGUUCAUGGUAUCAACGUGGAAUGAAUUCAUUAUUAGAGAUAACAAUCGAUCAUAUUCAGACGAAAGGAUUAUGUUUAGAUGUACUUCCUAUACAACAAUAUUAUCUUUUUAUUGAUCGAUCAAAUCGUUGUACACGAUGUUUAGUAUUUAUUCAACGACAUAUUAAUUUAUUACAAUAUCGUGAAAGUGAAUGUAAUGAUGUAGAUGAUCUAUCAAGCAUUAGUUCAUGUCCAAAUAUGAUUGCGCCUGAUGCUGCCAUGUAUACACUUCAUCGAAAUAAUUCCAAAUCACAAUUAUGUCCUAUUCAACCACCAUUUGUUUUAACAAAUUUAGUAAAAGAUAGUUCAAAUUGUCAACAAUCAAUCUCAUCAUCAUAUAUAAAUGAAUGUGCUACAGAUAAUCAAUUUCAUCUUUAUCUAACUCCAUGUUUAUCAUAUCAACCAACUCUUGAUCUUCAAUUUAUCUGUGUUGGAACAUGGAUAGAAGAUUUUCAUACGUAUUUUGUUGCUCGUAUUAUUUCUCAUUCUAUAAAACGACAACGUAAUCAUAGAAACAAUCAAUAUGCAUGUUUUAGAUUUUUAACUAAACAAAAAUCUUCAUCAUUAUUAUCACUUAAUAUGGCUACUGAUGAUUCAUGUCGAGAUUUAUAUUCUAAACAUAUGUCUACAAUAAUGACUUUAACAUCAACAAAUUAUCAAAUAACUAAUGAAUCAAUUCAAUAUUGUAUAUUUCCUAACAAAUUUCAAUCCAAUGAAUGGUAUUCAAUUAAUGGAACAAUACGAAUGAUUAUUAAAAAUAUUGAUAUAGAAUUAAUUGAAAUGAAUAAACGUUUUCAUUGUUAUGAAAUGAUUAAUUUAGAAAAAUCAAUAAAUAUUUAUCAUAUAAAAACAUUUACAAAUUGUGAUAUUAAAGAAGAAUGUCUUCGUAUAAUUCAACGAACAAAUAAUGUUAUUGAACUUUAUACAUAUACAUUAUCAAAUGAAAAUAAUUGUUAUAAUUUAAAUUAUAAUAAUUAUAAUUUAUAUUUAAUAUUUAUUACAAAAUCAUUUAAAUUAUUAAAUUCAUGUCCAAAUUAUAUUAAUAAUUUAUUAUUUCAAACAAAUAUUAAUUUUAAUUUAUAUAAAAAAUCAUUUCAAUUAUCUAUUGAUUGUAAUAAUAAAGAAAAAUUAACUUUUUUACAAAAUCAAAAAGAUCUCGAACAUCGAUCAAUAACUGAAUUUGAUACAUGUCUUGCAUCAUGGCAAUCGGAUGAUCCUUUAACAACAUAUUUUAUUACUCAAUCAAAACAUUCAAAUAUAUAUCAUUGUUUUAGUUUUCAAUUGACUAAUCAAAUUAUAAUUCGAAAUAAUAAGGAUGAUUGUUCAUUUGUAAAUAAUGAAGAUGAAGAAUUAUUUUCUAUGUAUUCAGUUUAUAUAGAAGAUUUUUGUUCUCAAUCACAAAAAUUAAUAUCAAAAUUACUUUUAUUAUUAAUAACAAUUAGUUUUUCUAUGAUUAAUAUCAAUUAG